AUGGCCAUCAAAAAGUCUAUUGAGGUCAAGCUUCGGCCCACAGUGGCUGGCGGCAAGACUCCUGAACCCUUAAAGGGUGCAUCUCGCAUUCAGAUCAGAAAAGAUUCACUGAUCGAACUUACGGGGACUGUGGACAACGGCAAAGCUUGCUACAUCGAACGGGUUGACCCGGAUGCUACUGGCAGUUCUCAGAGGAGAGAGGCUAUACUAUGGCUCACACCUGAUCCGAAUCUGGGUCGAGGGGUAGCCAAAGUUAGCCUGCCUUUCCGCGAGGCAGGCGACCUGAACUUGACCGACCAGUAUCGGAUCGUAGUGGCCGACACACCGUCUGAAGAUGCCAGGGAGAUUGUAUUUGAUGAUAUCACCGAGAGCGAAUCUACAGCCCCGAUCCAAGAGGUAUGGAUGCAGGCCUGGUUGGCAAUGCUGAAAGCAGAAAUUGAUAUCCUUGACUAUGUUUUCCCUGGAAUAGUUCUCAAAGACCUUGUUUUUGCGAGAGACAAAAGAACCUUUAGAGUCCGUUCAGUGAAUGGCUCGGAAACCAACAACUGCCGUAUCAAGCCAGGGCUUGCAGAGAUCAUCAUUGCCACAAGCGUGGACGGCAAUGAGGGUACAAAUGAUGAUCAGCCUUCAGAUCUUCAAAUUCCCCAGAUCCCUGGGUUGGAGGAGCAGGUCAAGAAGCUCAAUGACUUCCUGUUAGUGUCAAGCUCAGAUCGGGAAUCCAAAAUGGGAUGGCACGGCCUCGUCCUCCACGGCGGCAGUGGUACUGGAAAGACAAUGCUUCUGGACCACGUAGCCAGGACAAAAUGGGGCUCGGUCCACCGUGUCAAGGCAUCCGACAAGAGCAAGGACAUUCAGGAUGUGUUCCAGACCGUCACCGGACAUGCGCGAAGUAUCGUGCUUAUAGACGAUUUAGACGAGCUCAUUGAUAAGGAGCGGGCCAACCGGAGCACUGUCAUCAAUGCGCUUGUCGAAGGUCUCGUCUCAGUCAGACAAGCCAUCUGUGACAAGGAGAAGCCUCCAAAAGUGAUUGUCCUCGCAGCAUGCCGGGAUUACAUCACUGUGGUCCCGGAGAAGCUCCGGCGUCCCUACCGGCUUCAGCGAGCCAUUCUCUUGCCGCCGAUGGACAUGUCACGGCGUACGGCCGUCAUUUCAAGUCUCAACCCACCCUUUCAUCCAGACGUUAGGGAACGGAUCAUAUGUGAUUUGAGUGAUCGGACGCACGCAUACAACGGCCUGGAUCUUCAGAAGCUCCUCUCGACUAUAGAUUAUCUCGUGUCCGCAAAGCUUCAUCACACGCACCCUGAAGCUGUCGGAACGGAACCCGAUGCUAGACCAAAGCCACCAGCAGAUACGGCAUUUUAUACCGAGUCACUCGAGGCAGCCCUCCUUGAAAUCCGCCCGACAGCGAUGCAAGACGUCAACCUGAAGCCUCCGCCAGUGCACUGGGACGACAUAAGCGGCCAGGAGAGCGUUAAGCGAGACCUGCGCCUGGCAGUCCACUUCAUCACCAGACCCAAGGAAGAGAUACAAAAGUUCAUCCGUGUCCCUCCCAAGGGGUUCCUGCUUUAUGGGCCGCCCGGUUGCUCAAAGACCAUGACGGCACAGGCAAUGGCCACCGAGUCCGGACUUAACUUUUUUGCCGUCAAGGGCGCCGAGCUGCUCAACAUGUACGUCGGCGAAUCGGAACGCCAGAUCCGCGACCUGUUCAGCCGCGCCAGGGCCGCAGCUCCCAGCAUGAUCUUCUUUGACGAGAUAGACUCCAUCGCCGGGUCGCGCAAGGGGUUUGGUGGCGACGGCGGCGGCGCUGCCAGCCAGGGAGGACUCAACGUGCUCACGACCCUCCUGAACGAGAUGGACGGCUUCGAGGAUCUGCGCGGCGUCUUUGUGCUUGCGGCCACAAACCGCCCGCACGCCCUCGACCCGGCCAUCAUGCGACCCGGCCGCUUCGAUGAGAUCAUAUACGUGCCACCGCCCGACACCGCCGCCCGGGAGGCCAUCCUGCGCAAGAACUCGGCCGGCUGCCACCUCGCUCCCGAUGUGGACUUUGCCCGCCUGGCCCAGCUCACCGAGGGCAAUUCCGGUGCCGAGGUUGCAGGUACCUGCCAGUCGGCGGGCAAGCUGGCCAUGAGACGUUCUUUGGAUGAACCGGGCUCCGAAGGCGCUAUAUCCAUGGCCGAUUUUGAGGCAGCCAUUGCUGGACAGAGGAAACAAAUCACGAAGCAGAUGCUCGAUGGAUACGCAGAAUGGGAAAAGCAGUUCCAUUAA